UGUGACAUUGUUUUGUAAUAAUGCAAAAUGCAAAAAUGGAUUUUGAUUCAGAAACCCACCUUCAAACAAAUCAAUUCAUCCACCAUCUUCUCCAUCUUCUUCCCUCCUCACCUUAAUCCAUAAAAUCCUCUCUCACCCAAUUCCUCUCUUCACCCUCACUGCUUUUUCCUUCCAUUUUCUCACCCAUUAAACAAGCCCCGUAAACCCUAGAAAACACUCCUGUCCUCCUCUCUCCCUCCCUUCUGCUACUGCAUUUUUUCUCGUGCCAAGGGAUCAGAACACGGCGAUAAUAACAAACCAGAACGGCCCAGAUCGGAGGUACGUCCGAGAUAGAAGCGGAGCUGAGUCGUCUCUGAGACCUUCUGAGGCUUUGCUUUUGAAAGCGUUCUCUGCAACUGCAAAAAGCUUGAACGAGGGCCUCUCCUUCCUGACUUGGACUGUGAUAUAUCGGAGCGUAAAAAAAGACCUUUUUAUCACUACAAACCCAAGGUACUCUGAAUUAUCGUCAUCAAUGCAAAGGACACACCAACCCCACCUGCACUCACCCUCCAGCUUCUCUCUCUAAAUUUCCCUUCUCCUCUCUCUUCUCUCUCUCUCUCUCUGAGCCUCUUCUAAAGUGUGAGGCUAGGAGGCAGGAGGGUUUUUCUACAGCUUGAGCUUCACAAAAGGCAUGAUUGUGGUAUGGAGGAGGAUGGGAUUCAAGGGCAAGCGCGUAAAUUCCCAAGAAUUGAAAACGGGAGUGCAAGGAACGAUUCCUCCAACAACAACAAGAUAGGUUCCAAUAUUAACGAAGAGAAUGGAGACCUCAGAAAAAGAAGUGGAGGAGGAGGAGGAGGAGGAGGAGGAGGAGGAGGAGGCAACGAUGGAAGUAGCAACCGAUUUCACGGUUGGCACCACCAGUCUUCUCGAAUCAUUAGGGUUUCUCGUGCCUCCGGCGGGAAAGAUCGGCACAGCAAGGUCAUGACUUCGAAGGGUUUAAGAGACCGAAGGGUUCGCCUCUCUGUGACCACAGCGAUUCAAUUCUACGACCUUCAAGAUCGACUGGGUUAUGACCAACCUAGCAAAGCCGUGGAAUGGUUGAUCAAAGCUGCUUCUGAUGCAAUUUCUGAGCUUCCUUCUCUGAAAAAUACGUUCCCCGAGACCCCAAAGCAACCCAGCGAUGAGAAGAGGGGAGGUGAGAAAUGUAUCGAUUCAGCUGACGCAGAAGUAGAUGGUGAAGCGAGUUUCCACCAGCAGAAUCAGAAUCAAAGUCAGAAUCUUUCCUUGUCGAAGUCCGCUUGUAGCAGCACGUCGGAGACAAGCAAAGGUUCCGGCUUGUCUCUCUCCAGGUCGGAGAUUCGAGUCAAGGCGCGUGAGAGGGCGAGGGAGAGAGCGGCGAAGGAGAAGGAGAAAGAGAAUGAUGAAUCUUGCAAUAACAUUGCUCAUCCCCAGAAUAACAAUGUCAUCUCCAUGGCUCAAACUUCUUUCACUGAGCUUCUCACUGGUGGGAUAAAUACUAGCGUUCCUGCGACUACUAGUCCCACCGGGUCGGGUCAGCAGAAUCAUAAUCGGAGUGAUGAGGCUGAUCUGUUCAACAAAGGAGCUAGACAUCAAUGGAGUAUGGCGCCUAUGGACUACUUCGGGGCAGGGCUUCUGGGAGGUUCGUCGUCUUCAAGAACCCAGCAUCAUCAGUCUUCUGCGUUUGCAGGGCAGAUCCAAUUGGGGAACAAUCUUCCUCAGACAAUGUCGGUUGUACCAUUCGGAGUCCAGAGUGAAAACCACUCAGAUCAGCUUCAGCAAUUCUCGUUCAUCCCCGACCAUCUUAUGCCGGCGGUGGUCACGUCGUCGCAGACCCCAAGCGGCGGGGGGAGCGAGUACAAUCUCAACUUUACCAUCUCUUCGUCUUCUAAUUCCGGCGGCCUUGCUGGUUUCAGUAGUAGGGGGACCCUUCAGUCCAAUUCUCCGUCUCUUCUGCCUCACCAUCUGCAGAGGUUCUCACCUUUAGACGGAUCGUCCAACUUACCUCUCUUCAUCGGAGCAAAUGCAGCUCCAGCCAUGGAGAAUCACCACCACCACCACCAUCACCAGUUCUCACCCGAAUUAGACGGCCGCUUGCAACUCUUCUACGGCGACGGAAACCGGCAUUCAGACCAGAAGGGAAAGGGGAAGAACUGAGUUCCGAUCGACGACGCCCUAUUUCUCGUGAUCCAUCGGCUUACCGGACCAAAAGCUAGAGCAAGCUAUGCGCCACAGCCUGUCUUUGGUUUGCUGCUGCCACAUCGGAUGGUACAAUGUUGUCAUCAAGUGUUGAUAUUCAUACAUUGGUCAUUUUGAAGUAUCAUUCGCUUAAGUAUUUGGAUAUAAAUAUAUAUUAAUCUAUGCGUGCUGCAAAUCUUCCUGUGUUUCUGGAGAAAUGUAAGAAACUUGAAGUUAUUCUUUUUUGCUUUGUCCAAUUACUUUGAGAUUCUCUGUAUGCCAUUUGGCUGAGAUCAGAGUGUGAAUGAAUCAGUCUCUAAAAAAAGCAAAACCUCUUGUGAUUUUAAGACUGAUUUCUCCUCUUAAGGCCAAAGCCUGAAACAUAUGUUUCCAGAUUUUGUCAUCCUAUGAGAAUAUUUCUCAGCUAUGCCAUGUUACAAAAA